UUUUUUUUUUUUGAACAAUGCGUAUUAAAAUCAAUACCGUUCCGCCUUUACCCAAAUACACAUGUUGGUACCCAAUUCCUACAAAAGUAGAAUCUCAAACGAUCCAUCAAUUAAGACAAAUGAUGGUGAAAAAUCUUAAAUUGAAUCAUGAAGCAGCUAGUUUAAUUCUGUCAAUGGAUGGUUUUACGUUCUUACCUCAACUUAAAAUUAAGGAUUUAGUUCGCGAUGGUGAUUUGAUUAGUAUAAAAAUUGAAUCAGUAAAACAAUCGAAAGAAAGGAAAAGAAAGACACAAAUGGAUAAAGAUGAUGAAAGAGAUAUUAAAAAGGCUAGGAUAGAAAAGAAAAAGAGAAAAGAAGAGAAAAAGCAAGAAAAGGGAGAGGAAGAGGAAGAGGAAAAGCAAGGAAAAAAAAAGGAAAAAGAAGAGAAAAAACAAGGGAAAAAGAAGGAAAAAGAAGAGAAAAAGAAGAGAAAAGAAAAGAAAAAGAAGAACAAGAUAGUCGAAAAAAAGCAGACAAAAGUUAUAAACCAGCAAAAGAUUACACUGGAAAAUAAUAUAAAUAAAAGCCAACUAAUAACAAGCGUACCAUUUGAAGGAACAACAAAAACAAAAAAACGUAAUUUACGUCGCAAAUUAUUAAAGAAGGCACUUCGUGAAAAAAAUCAAAAUAAACCAGCUCAGCAGAAGGAGAUAUUAGUUCCAGAGCAGUCAACACAAAAUAUAGAAUCAAAAGAAGUGACUUCACUUUCUGUUGAACAACAAUCAACAUCUUUACCUGUUUCUCUUUUAAAGAAAAACAAAAAUAAAAAGAAAAAUCAUUUAAAGAAGGGCAAGGCUGCACAGCAAGAAAAUUCGGCAAAGCAUGUCCAUUUUGAAGAACUAAAUAGUCAACAUUAUUAUGACGAAUUAUAUAAUGACUUGCAAGAACAAAGUUAUGUGGAUAAUAAUAAUUUAUAUGGACGUGCUUUUGUUACUUUUGCUGAAUCACAGCCUUCGAAUCGUAAUACAAAGGGUAGUUAUUUCUCAGCAUAUGAAUAUCCUGUCAAUAAAGUACCUACUUUGUUUUAUGCAGAGGAGCCAACACAAGAUAAUGAAAUUGAUAAUACAAUCCAGAAAAACACUAUAAAGGAGGAAGAAGCUGUAAUAGAGAACGAACAGCCUGUCAUUGUUAAUUAUGAUGAAUAUCCUGAUGCUAACUUUGAAAGUAAUGUUCCCUCCAUUGGUGAUCAUCUAGCCAUCAAGGUAACUAACUAUGUGAUAUUCUAAUAAAGAUAGUAGUAUCUAAUCAACAUAAUAUAGACUUUAGAAUUGACUGCCAAUUAUACACCUGAAAUAUCUGAUUGGAAACAAGUUAUACUGAAAGAACUCAAUUUACCAUCAACAAUAACAAUUGAAUAUAAAAAAGGAUUUAAAAGAGAUUCUACAAAAGGUGG